UGUUGCGAAGGCGGGCACGAGCCAGCUCCGCGCCUGCGCAGGAGCGCGCCUCUGUUUUGCCUCUGCUCCGUUCUCCCCCUCAGGGCCGAGGCGAGAAGAGAAGCCCAGAGCCGGGGAGUCUGUAAGGAGAUGGAAAUGGAGGUCUCGGCGCGGCUGUUCAGGGCUCCUGAGGGUGGCCUCCUUCGCCGCCUUCCCUAAAGGACGGAGCUGCCCUUUGCCUGAGGAGAAGAAAGGCGUCCCUUUGGUACCAGCAGUGCCGCGUGGCGAGCCAAGUGUUUGCAUAUGAUCUCAUUUCAAGACUAUCUGCUCUUCUCAACUGCUGAUGUAUCUUUUCAAUGUUGGUGUGAUCCUUACAGUAAACAUAGGUUUGAAGUAUCCACAACUAGGUGGUGACUACAAGACAACAUGAUGAUUGUGGUAACUGGUGUCAUGUCAGCACCUGAGCUGGGCUCCCCAGACAACAUUCCUGUUGCAGCUCCCAAUUUAUCCUGGAUGCCUGAAGAUGGCAGACCCACUGCUAUGGAGCAACCAGUCUUCCUAAUGACCACAGCUGCCCAGGCUAUCUCAGGUUUCUUUGUGUGGACAGCUUUGCUUAUCACCUGCCAUCAGAUCUACAUGCACCUGCGCUGCUAUAGUUGCCCCAAUGAACAGCGCUAUAUAGUCCGGAUCCUUUUUAUUGUGCCCAUUUAUGCUGUCGACUCAUGGCUCAGCCUCCUUUUCUUCACGAAUGACCAGUACUAUGUGUACUUUGGCACAGUGAGGGAUUGUUAUGAAGCUUUUGUUAUCUACAAUUUCCUUAGCCUGUGCUAUGAAUACCUUGGUGGGGAAAGCUCAAUCAUGUCUGAGAUUAGAGGAAAGCCUAUUGAGUCCAGCUGUAUGUAUGGAACUUGUUGCUUAUGGGGAAAGACAUACUCUAUUGGAUUUCUGAGAUUUUGCAAACAGGCCACUUUGCAGUUCUGUGUUGUGAAGCCUCUUAUGGCUAUUAUUACAGUCGUCCUUCAGGCAUUUGGCAAAUACCAGGAUGGAGAUUUUGAUGUCUCAAGUGGAUAUCUCUAUGUGACUAUCAUUUACAAUAUUUCUGUGAGCUUGGCCCUCUAUGCCCUCUUCCUUUUCUACUUUGCCACACGUGAACUGCUCAAUCCCUACAGCCCCGUCCUGAAAUUCUUCAUGGUUAAGUCUGUCAUUUUCCUAUCCUUCUGGCAAGGGAUGUUGUUGGCCAUUCUGGAGAAGUGUGGUGCCAUCCCUAAGAUCGACUCUGCCAGUGUAUCUGUGGGUGAAGGAACCGUAGCAGCUGGCUACCAGGACUUCAUUAUUUGUGUGGAAAUGUUCUUUGCAGCAAUUGCUCUGCGCCAUGCAUUCACUUACAAGGUCUAUGCAGACAAGCGUCUUGAUGCACAAGCUGUUCCAUCCUAUGGGCCAUAUGGUCGCUGUGCCCCCAUGAAGAGCAUUUCUAGCAGCCUUAAAGAGACCAUGAAUCCCCAUGACAUUGUGCAGGAUGCAAUCCACAACUUCUCCCCAGCCUACCAGCAGUACACUCAGCAGUCGACCCUAGAACAUGGGCCGCCUUGGCGUAACGGCGGUCACAUCAUCUCACGCUCCCAUAGCAGCUCUGGUGCCCGUGACCAUGAGAAGACCCUGCUCCUUAGCUCAGACGAUGAGUUCUAAGGUGGCAAUGGAUCAUGCCAUAGCCUGGAAAUUUCCCUUUAUUUAUUGAGUGAGAAGUGCAGGUCAUAUCCCGUUUUCUUUUUUUUAAAAAAAAGAAUGGUGCUCAACUCAGGAAUGGGUCCUUCCUGUUGCCAGUUUUGAGCUGGGACUAUUUUGAGUGGACCCAUGUGGGUGGUUUGGACUGCCUUUUCCUAUAGUCUUCCCUACAGGCUUCACAUGAAUAAGAACAUUCACUCCACCGGGCAUUACAGUAGAACAGUGAUCCAGAAUGCAUAGAACAUACUUUCUAGGUGGUUUUCCCCCACAAUAUUUUAGGGGAAGACUGGUGGUAGAAGGAGUCAGGCAAGAGAAAUUGAAAGAAAUGUGACUAUAUUCAACAAUUUGCAAAGCUGUCUAAAAUGUGAGUGGCUCGUAAUAUCGGCAACGGAAAUUACUUUUCCCCACUACACUCCAAAGUUAUAUUUCCUUAUAACUAUAUCUAAAUAGUUAUUUAGGUUAUAGGUUGAACUCCAGUCCUAACUAUUGUCUCUGUGUUAAUUUUGACCAGCUCUGCAUUCUGAUUAGAAUCCCCUUUGUUGUAUUUCAUGGUGCUGUGGUCACAUGUGUGAUCUGCUUCUGCUAGUGAUUAGGAUUCAGAGCUUCAGAGAAGAGCAGGAAUCUGUUUUAGAAGAAGGGAAAUAGAUUACCAGGGAAUUGUGAAGUGCAGCUUCUAGACUGAAAAAGGAGCAGAUUUGAAAUCAUGUUUCUUGAUGUGAAGGUUGGCUUCUGUGCUGGGUUUCUUACACAAAGUUCCAAAACAAUACCAAUUGCUUCAUGAAGAAAAUAAUUUGCUCCAUCUGUAGAGGAAACCAUGUUUGAGAAUGGACAGAAUGCUGAAAGAGGAUCCUAUCCAGUCACGUUCUCAGGUGGAUGAAAAUUCACAACUUAUCACACUUAGAAUGAAGACCACACUGGAUAAUUAUCCUUUAGAUGUGCAGAUUAUCUGCAUGCAUGGUUUCUGAUCCAGCAACAAAAUCCACAUGUACACAGAUCCCAGUUGCUAGUUAUGUCAUGUGUGUUUAUGAACACAUGUUUAUUUCUAAAUUCUGGAAGUACUUCAUGAUCCUUUAAAUUUUCACUUUUAUUCUACACAAACUGAUACUAAAAUGUCUGUUUUUCUGUGCAUUGUUGUGUUUUCAAUUUAAGAACAUCCAUUGGAAGCUACUAGUACACAUUACCGAUGUCAAUGUUUUACUUAUUAGUUAAUUUUAAGUGCCAGUAAGAUAGUUUGCCAGGGAUGGAAUAUUACCUCUUCUCUUCAUCUCCUGUUCUGGGCCCAUGUAACCAUCUUAAGUGAUGCACACUUAUUAUUUUGCAGUUGCAUUCUACAUAGGCCAAAUGAUUGAGAAGCACAUAUAUGUUGGUUUCCUUUUGUCCUUUUAGUCUUGUCCCCUGAAUUCUAUGAAAGGUUGUUUUUGCAAGUAGAAAAUCCCACCAGUCACUGGCUUUACUGGCCAUUUUGGCAUGCAGAUAAUUUGAAGUUGGAAAUUCAAUGGAACUAAUUGAAGUGUAUUGCACUUCUCUGCUGCUGUUAUGGUUAAUUGUGCCUGUAUUAACACUGCCCUCAAAAAAGGGGAAUAGCAUUAGAUCUCUUCCUUCCCAGACACCUCUCUCAAUUCCUCUUCCUCAUCUGAUGCCGGUAAUGUUAAUACUUUUCUAAGCUGCUAUGUAUCUCCCACACCUUUUUGUGGUUAAUGGGCGCCUGCUCACUUACGAUACUUUCAACCCCUUCUGUGGAGAGUUUAGAAGUGAGAAUCUCUGCGGUUUGAUUUUUGGGGAUCCCUUUUCUCUGUGCCUUACUAUUUUCACUUAAAUUCACACACCCUACAUCAUGGCCAAAUGCAGAUCUCAGGGGCUAGAACAGCAGCCUUUGUCCAAGUUGCGAUCAAUUGGGCAAGAGCAUGUUUGUGUAGGGCUAGGCAGGUUUGCUGAGACUUGUGGCUAUGCUUCCUGGAGCAUUGCUUGUGCUGCCACUGUGGUUAGCGCUUCAUUUGUUCCAGUAGAAACUGGGUGGGAGGUGGGAUGGUGGAGCACAACAGUUCCAUUCAUAUUUUCUGCUCAAAAUAGCCAGAGGGGUUGACAGCUCAGGGGAUGAAGGAAGUAGAAAAGAGAUUUAAUAGUAAUGUGUUGCUAUAUAUCGUUUUUAAAAAACAUACCCUUUUUCCCAGUUCCACUGAGGUAUAUAUUGAGUUAGCUUCAAAAAUUUUGAUGCUGCUUUUAAAACGAGCACCAAGUCCCUGAUGUGUUGCCAGCUUAUAACUGGCAUGCUAAUUAUUAAGUGGUAGCAAAUCAAGCAGUAAUGUGUGCCACUGCUGCUAAAGUGUGCGUGAAGCUCUGCCAGAAAAUCCCUACCUUUCCUUCUAGCAUUAAACUGCUAUGGGCUUUUUCCUUUGAAAGGACCUUGCUACAUUGAAGCUACACAAUUUUGAGACAGAGUUGUUAAAGCAGGGUUCAAAAUCAUGUCGCUUUUCUUUGAUUGUAUGUUCCUGCAUGGCAGAGGGUUGGACUGGAUGAACUUGUGAUCUCUUCCAAUCCUGUGAUUCUGUGUUGCUGAACUCCUAGUAGCCUUAGCCAGCAUAGACAUUGAUCAGAGAUGCUAGGAAUUGCAGUCUGGCAGCAUCUGCAGGGUUGCAAGAUUUCCUGUUCCUGGAUGAAAGACCAGAUCCCUGUACUUUUGGGAGAAGAUAAUUGUUAUUGUGUACCAGAGCUAAAAACUUUUUGUGGAAUAAUACAACACAGCCUCAUGAAACAAGUAUUUCAAAGAAUACUUCAAAAUAACCUUUAAUUUCUUUCAAAUGCCUUUUCUACUUUAGGAAUAGGAUAAGGAGACAUUUCUUCAUUCAUUGGAGACAUUUCUUCAUUCAAAGAUGUGGCUGGAGUCUUUGCUGCUGACUUAAGAUGGCAUUUCAGUGUUGCAAAAAGUUCUGUAUUUUUAAUUACUUUUUAUGUAUUACACACACACACACACACAUAUAGUGCAUUAUGAGCUAUUUUUCUUGAACCUUUCUAUAAGUAAUGGGUUCAAGCCAGUACAACCCAUCAAAUCAAGUACAGAGACCAGUUAUAGCAAAAGACCUUGAGAUUAUUUUUUAAAAAUGAAAGCACCAGAACAAAGGUGGUUUGGUUCCAGUGGGGAUGUUUUGCUGUCUUUCAAGGCAGGAAAGGGAUAGAUCCAAAGAGCUUGACCCCGAGUGUAGCAAUGACCAUGCAUUCCAAUUAGAGCUUCUUAGAGGCUGAUAAUUAAAUAUGCAUAUGCACUAAUCCCAUUAGAAUUGUUUUCUUCCUCACCAUCUCUUUCCUCCUCCUCCUUGGUUCCUCCUGCCUACCAUGUAAUAUACCCCCUAGGAUUUUGUUUUUACUCUUUUUUUCCAUGUAGUUUAGAUAUUUGUAUAUAAAUGACUGGAAAAAUAAAUAUCCUGUAUGAUAAGACAGAGUUACCUAGUUUUGUACCUAUCAUAUAAUAACUGAUGUGAGCUCAGAGACAAGGUGUUGUCUCUAUUUUGGUUUUUGUGAUGUUACACUGCUUUGCAGAAACAAAAGAUAUGGCAAAUUAAAUAUAGAGAUAAAAUAGAUUUACUUAA